AAUGGCAAAUUAAGUUGAAUUCAAAUAGCUCGGUUUCUUGAGAGGUCACGGUGAUUGGGUUACCAGUAUCAUUACCAAUUAAGACCCAACUUUGGCUGAUUUAGUCAUCUCAGGUUCAAGAGACAAAUCCAUUCUUGUUUGGAAAUUAUUCAAAUAACCAGAUGGUGAUUUGGCUGGUCAACCAAGAAAACAAUUGAAAGGACACUCCCAUUUUGUAAGUGAUUUAGUGUUAUCCAACGAUAAUAAAUAUUUAUUAUCAGCCUCAUGGGACAAAGAAUUGAGAUUCUGGGAUUUGCUUAAUGGUACUUGCACAAACAGAUUUGUUGGAAAUAAAAAGGAAAUCUUCACAUGUGCUAUGAGUCCAGACAAUAGAUAAAUUCUUUGUGGUGGAGCUGAAAGAAGAUACAAAUUGUACAAUGUUAAGGCUGAAGAGAAGUUAACCUAAAUGAAUCAUUUUCACUCUGAUUGGAUCAGCUCUGUCAGAUACUCACCAAUCAUCAAAAAUAUCUAACCAUAUUUUGUUACAGUUGGUUGGGACGGUUGGCUUAAGGUCUGGAAUUAAAAUUUCACAAUCAGAUUUUAAUUCAAGGCUCAUGAUUCCUAAAUCAACAGUGUUGCAAUCAACCCAUCUGGUGAAUACAUUGCAACAGGAGGUAAGGACAAGAAAUUGUACAUUUGGAACAUCACAGAUUUGAAGAAACCAGCCUUUGAAUAUGAUGCUGGAGGUAUCAUUAAUUAAGUAAAAAAAUUUAUAAAAUUAUUAGCUUGCUUUCCAUCCAUAAUAAAAUUGGAUCGUAGCCGCCACAGAAAAUGGAAUUAAAGUUUGGUAAAUUUCAUAAGAAGAAAAAGCUGAAACCAAAACACCAAUUGUCACAUUAGAUCACCACACUGAAAGUAUUUUAUUUUAAUUAAAUCAUCUAGCUGCUGUUGCUGGAGGAGUGAAGAAGAUUUAAAAGCACGGAGCUGUUUCUGUUGCUCUUGAUGCCAAUGGUGCUAAACUUUAUGGAGGAUUCACUGAUGGAUCAAUCUUAGUUUGGGAAGUUUCAACCAAGAAUUGAA